AUGCAUGCCUCUCUCGUCGAGAAGGACACAAGGGAGGACGUCCUCCUGAUCAAGGACACUCGAUCCAAGGAGGAUAUGCACCUGUUCAAAGACAACAGGACAAAAGCCACGACAGGUUCGUCGGUGUCGUCUCUCUACCCUCUCAAGGACAUUGAAGGCAAUGGACAUGAAUCGGGGUUCUUUGUCUUUCCCGAUCUCUCGGUGAGGAUGGAAGGCACCUACCGCCUCAAGUUUUGUCUCUAUGAGAUGGUUGGCAAGGAUGUCCACUUCUGCGCGCACGUGAUUUCUGAGCCCCUUGUCGUCUUUUCUGCAAAAAAGUUUCCUGGCAUGGAAGAAUCAACGGUGCUCUCGCAGUAUUUUGCCGAUCAGGGCCUCAAGCUCCGGAUACGAAAGGAAGUCCGUCCCAAGAAGAGGACACGCGGCGAGUAUAUCGGAAUUGAACCAAAGUCACUGAGUCCAGCCGAUUCGCAACUACAAGAACAACAAGAACCAGCAGAUUCUCAAGAGGAUGAAGAAUCGGCAGCAGCUGCUGCAGGUCUCCCUGCAAACUCCAAACGCAGGGCUUCCGGAGCCACGCCUCAUCUGGAAAACAAGAACGCUGCUGAUUCAUCGACCAGUGCAACUCAGGCGCAGAUCCAAAAGAGCCGACCAUGGAGGAGCCCCUUACCAGAGCACUUGGAGACUCCUGCUCAGCGGUCACGGUCGUUGCAGGAACCAUACGCUCCCUACGAUGAUGAAGCGCUACAAAUCGCUCGAAGACAGUCUGCCACCACCAAGGCGGCUGAAGGUGUGUCCCAGUUGGAUCUCAAUGGAGGACCGCGGCCAGGGGAGGAAUAUUACGCUCGUGUACAGGAGGCGCAAAUGUAUCGAGAGUACGCAGGUCAGACUGCAAGAGCAGGAGCUCUGGGACCCUAUCGAGGCGGCAGUGGCGCAGCAACGCCUCGAACGGCCAUUCAGCCUGGGCAUUAUCCCUCAGGAUCGCCCAGCACGCCCUUUUCUCACAACCCCGAUCACCCCAGUCAUGCUGCAAGAGCAAGGGCAGGCGAGCCCAUUGAUCCAAAGGCUGCCGCUGAGUUGUACGAUGACUAUCCGGACGAGCCAAGAAGGAGUGGCUUUGUGGGACCCCAUCGUCACCCGAUGUACGAUCCUCGUCUUGGACCAAGACACCCUCGUGACGCCCACCGUGGACCACCCUAUCCUCCAGAUGGCCUGCCAACCGAUGGCCCGUAUGCCUAUGCACCUUAUCCUGGUUAUCCGGGACGGCCUCGUUCUACCGACUUUGGACCCUAUCCUGGAGACUAUUACCGCGCAGGCCCUCAUCCGUACGAUCGUGAUCAUAUCAUGAGGUCUGCCGAUGAUCUUCCGCCUCAUUACCCACCUUACCCAUACCACCUGCAUCGGGACCUAUACGACCCUCGCGCCUUUGAUGACUAUGGGUAUCCCCGCUUCCGCCCUGGUACACAGGCUGACCCCUACGCUGGCUACCCAUACCGGUACCCACCUCUCCAUGGGAAAUACCCACCGCACGAAGGAAUGGUUCCUGUCUCACCUUACACAAUGGCAGAGGUUGACGCCAUCGCGAUGGGCAAACACCCUUACCCGUACCCUCCACAUGAACCCGGGACUCCGUACAGCCGGUCUGGGGCAGCAGGCUACCCUGCAGUCCCUGGUGAUCCUCAUGGUCGCCCCCUGCGCGAUGAAUUGGGAGCCCCAUAUCCACGAGACCCGAGAGAUCCCCGUGAAGCUCGAGAUCCCAGAGAGGGACGUGAUCCCCGAGACCCACGAGACCCUCGUGAACCACGGGAGCCACGCGACCCAAGAGAUCCGAGAGACCCGAGAGAUCCAAGGGACCCAAGGGAUCCUAGAGAUCCUAGAGAUCCUAGGGUCACGUCUCCUCCACAUCCCCAGGACUAUCCCAUGCCGCAUUACCCUCAUCCAUUAGCCAGAGGAGUAUACGGACCUCCUGGCGAAGGCGCUUAUGGACCAAGCCGCGACCGCGAUGACGGCGUUCGCCAGAGACCAUCUGCCCUUGGCCACCCAGGCUAUCCUCCAUAUGGAGGCCCCCCAGGUUCGGGGAUUGCUGUAGGGCCUUAUGGAAGAGAGAGCCCAUCUACAUAUCCUUAUGGACCUCAUCCAAUGGAUGGAGGCCUUCCCCGGUCGGCGUCGAUGGAUCACGGUCUGGACGGCCAUCCUUCAUUUGGCCAUGGUCGAUCAGCCUCGUCCUCGAACCACCCUCGAGCAGUCCAUCCGCCAACCUCACCUGCGGCGGCCGCGGUCGCAUCUGCAGCUGUAACGGCAUCAGCUGAUGGUUCCGCGGGUGGCUUGGCGAUGCCUUUGACACGACGAGCCAGCUAUGGAUAUGGAUCCGAGAACGAUCAGGAUAGAGCUGGAGCCGCUGAGGGCCGAGAGAAUGCUUCGAGCUAUGCUGCAACACAUCCAGGCCCUCGCCGAUCGGACCCCACACCGUAUGGAGCUGCGGGACGUUCUCUGGAAUCGGAAUACGGAGCACUCCUGCCCAGCUAUGGCCUUCGAGGAGCACAUGCCCAUGCAGCUGCCAUUGCAGCGGCUUCGUACUAUCAUGGCCACGCCCCACCUGGUUACCCUGGCGGAGCAUACCCAGGCCACUUUUCGGGACAGGGCUCUUCGUAUGGACAUGCGGGUCAGCAGAGACAAGGGUCGAAGCAGGAUGACAAAGCAGGAUCGAGCCAGUCUGCAGGGUCUCAAUCUGUGGGGUCAGGAUCUGCACCGCUAGGUAGUCAACCAAACCCGUUAACCGUUCAGACGGUGCCGGAGCACCAGAAGGUGUCUGCCGCCUAG